UUUGGAUUAGCGGACUCGUGUAACGAUGUGUGCUGCAACCUGAUAAUAGGUCAAAGCUAUUCACAGGGUUGACCUCGAAAACUUUCCCAUGUUUGCAUCAGACGUUUGUAUUCAGAAUUUAGGCCCGGAUGCUCUCCUUUGCCUCUUCUCGUGUCAAUUAUAACAGUUCAUCCAGACCCAAUGUAUGAGCCAAACAUAAAGGCGAGAAGUUUUGUUGUCAGAAGCUAUUUGAGAUGAAUGCUAGUAGUAGCAUUGUUUUAGAAAGUACAGCACUUAUAUCCAUUACCAAUCUCAACAACAUCUUAACAAAGCUUCAGCUACAAUAAGAUACGAAAACUAAACUCUAUAGAUCCAGUGAGCGUAGCAAGGUACUUCUGGGUUCCUUUUACAGUAUAUGAUGGAGGGGCCCCUUCCACCAGUCCAUUUCAAGAAACAAUAAAAAUGGUGUCGGGUCAUAUAGUUUUCUUACAAGUAAUAUCCUCGUUAGAUUUGGAUACUAAUACACCUUAUUUAAAUUAAUCAAUGGUUAUCUUUCAUUGACCCAAAAGCCCAUGUCCAUAUUAGGGCGCAGUUAGCUCUAUCGCGUCGUGGAUCUUUAAAUCCUUGGUGGAUAGUGGUUCAUUAGCUUUGUUAAGUGUAUAGUAAUCUUCAGAUCUCUUGAGUUGUUACUUACUUAAUAAAUGUGUUGAUUUUAAGUUUUCAACAAAUUGUAUCGCUAGCUAUUUUCCAUCGGGAACUAAAUUGUAAAGGUAGCCAAAGAGGCUUCUAGUACUCAGCCUUAUAUCUCAAAACUAAAGUGUUGUUUUUUCAAUGCUAUAAAUGUCUAAAUCUAAAUUUAUAUGAAUUAUUUUAAAAUAUCUCUACAUCAUAGAGGCGAUGACUACAGUAAGGCCAUAAGGUUCAGAAACUUUACUUUUGAUGUAUUUGAUGAAGAUCCAAGAAAACUUGCCAACUUUCCAAAUAUAACUGGUAACAUCUGUUACUAUCAAAUUGACCCACUAGAACCAGGAACAUAUCUGUUUAACUGCAGCACAUCAGUCAUUGGAAGAUACGUCCGUCUUAGCAUGAGAAACAAUGAAAAUUACCCAAUGAAUAUUUGUGAACUGGAAGUAUUGGUCAGCAGCUCCAGAUAUGAAGAGAUUCCUCUGAAAAGAGAAAAGAACACUAAACAUGUAGGCACACCUUUGGUUCAACUGACUGUCAGAAACGUUUUCUUAUGUGCCAGGGCAUGUUUGUUCCGUAGGUCAAUCUACUGCACAGCUGUCAACUGGGUCACAACUACAGGAUCAUGUCAACUUCUAAGUGUCAACCCGUAUGUAAAUUAUGCAGCUAAUCUUAUACCUGAUCAACUAACGGAUUUUUAUAUACAAAGCAAUUAAUAGUGGACUGUUAAU